AUGGCUCAAGGGCGCGCCAAACGACCACAUCAGAAGAAACGUCGAAUAAAAUGUGACGAGGGAAAACCCGCCUGUCGACAAUGUACCGAUUCUUUGCGCAAAUGCGAAGGCUAUCAACCGCCUCAGACAUGGUUGUUCAAACCUCGAAAGGUGUCUGAAACCAAACAAGACACCAACAACACCAUUGCUACUACCACCACCAUUGUUCAAUUCGUUUCUCCUCUUGCGCCUAUUGGCGACUCCGACGACAGACGUUCUUUCCAAUUCUGGGUCGAGCAAGCUGCUCCCAUCUUUUCCUCUUAUUUUGGUCGUUCUUUUUGGGCCGAGCUGUUGCCAAAAAUCGGGAUUGCUCAACCUGCUGUCAAGCACAUGCUGCUUGCCACCUCAUCCGUCGUCGAGGCGUCCGCCCUUGAAGGUGUGCCGCUCGAAAGGAACUCGCUUUAUCAGACCCAUUACACCAAGGCGAUCCAAGCCACUUGCACGUCUCCGCAAAUUGAGAGCGUUCUGAUGGCUUGCCUUCUGUUCGCCUGUUGCGAGUUCAUGAAGGGCUCAAUCCUCCCAGGACUCCGGCAUAUCCAGGCUGGCUUGAACAUUAUAGACGAAUGGGUCAAAUCUACCCAAACUUCAAACUUACAGCUUUCUCCCGGCGCGAAAUUGAUCAUCCAAGCCAUAGCUCCCAUCUUCCUUGCCUACAUCGACAAGGCACCGACAUACGGCAUGGCAGAUCUCCCAAUCAACGAGUGCGCAUGUACCACCCUCAUCAAAACCCACGCGGAGCUACCGUGGGUCGAACAGUUCACCAAGAUUCACCGAGCACACCAUGCCUUGGACGGUAUUGGACACCAUAUUGCAAGAAUGAUGGACUACAGAAGAGCGGCUUGGAGACCAUCGCCGCCAGAAAAGGUUCAAAUGUUGCUGGAUUCCUGGCGCAUGCACUUUGAAACGUUCGAAUCGAGUCGGGUCGAUGCCCAAAAGCAAAAGUACGGGUUAGCUCUGCAGCUGCUCCGGGUUCACUACACGAUGCUGUCCGUGAUGCUUCGAGUGGCGUCGAGCAAGCAGGAGAGCGUCUACGAACAGUACACGGAGGAAUUCAAGUGGAUUGUGGACAAGUACGACGAUUUUGCAGAGAUGUGGGCUAGAGACGAAUCUUCCAAGUUCUUCCACGGUAUGGGAAAUCUCGAGUACCACAUGGGGUAUAUUCCCCCCCUCUUUUUCACCGCAACCAAGUGCCGUGAUCAAGCUACACGUCUGGCAGCUUUGAAACACCUCUACUGUUUGAGGGUGGUUGAGAACAACUGGACGAGUUGUACGGCCUACCUGAUUGCAAGAAAAAUUAUCAGGAUUGAAAUUACACGAGCCAGCAACAACAAACGCACCGAUCUUAAAGACGAGCACGAUCUCAUCCGGCCAGUGGAAGCAUUCAUCACGGAUAAACGAAGCACCCAGGCAGGCCUCAAUUACCUGGCGUUCCCCUACGAUGCCUCUCCUCUGUUGCAGGAUACGCUCGAUCUACAGAGCUGUCCGUUUGCACCUUCAGCACAGUGGCCAUUAUGCAGAAUUAUCCGCAUUGGAGGAUUUCAAGGAGGCGGCGUCAGGCCACUCUCCACGGGAUGCAGUUGUGGGAUGGCACCGUCCAAGGAAGCCCUAAUCCUCCGACCCAAGACAAAAGUAUGA